UAUAUCGACGCGCGCGGCACAGGCACGGCACACGGACACAGAAAUACAUACACGCAUAGAGCAGCGGCUGCCUCCUGCGUGCAGGAUCGAGCUCCAUCGAUCCAUCGGACUAGCGAGUUGCCAUGGCAGCAGCCAGUGCUCUUCUCAUGGCGGCUCUCGCGGUCUUCGCCGCGGCCGCCGCGGCGGCGCUGGACACGUCGCCGGUGCCGUUCGACGCCGGGUACGCGCCGCUCUUCGGCGGCGACAACCUCGUGCGGUCGGCGGACGGCCGGAGCGUCACGCUCAAGCUGGACAGAUACACCUCGUGCGGCGGCGACAACCUCGUGCCGUUCGACGCCGGGUACGCGCCGCUCUUCGGCGGCGACAACCUCGUGCGGUCGGCGGACGGCCGGAGCGUCACGCUCAAGCUGGACAGAUACACCGGGUCUGGGUUCAUAUCCAAGUCGGCCUACCGCCAUGGCUUCUUCGGCGCUUCCAUUAAGCUGCCGGCCGACUACACCGCCGGCGUCGUCGUCGCCUUCUACCUGUCGAAUUGGGACGAGUACCCCAAGAACCACGACGAGCUGGACUUCGAGCUGCUGGGCAACCGGCGUGGCCACGGCUGGCGUGUCCAGACCAACAUGUACGGCAACGGCAGCACCGCGCGCGGCCGAGAGGAGCGUUACCAUCUCCCCGUCGAACCUACCGUCGCCGGCGUCCACCGCUAUGCCAUAGCCUGGACCCCCAACAACAUCGUCUUCUACCUCGACGGCGUCCCCAUCCGCGAGGUGGUCCGCGUCCCCUCCAUGGGCGGCGACUUCCCCUCCAAGCCCAUGUCCGUCUACGCCACCAUCUGGGACGGCUCUGCCUGGGCCACCGAUGGCGGCAAGUACAAGGUCGACUACGCCUACGCGCCAUUCGCCGCCGAGUUCUCCGACCUCGUCCUGAGCGGCUGCGACGCCAGCAGCGUCGCCGACCCCGAGGGGUGCCAGGUCGACCUGCUCACGCACGACGUCGCCGUCAUGGCCCCUUCCAAGCGCGCCGCCAUGAGGGGGUUCCGCGAGCAGUACCUGACCUACACGGCGUGCCGCGACAGGGUGCGAUACAAGACCACCGUCUUCCCCGAGUGUGACGACCUCGCCAACGGCGACUCCAGCUUCCACCUCUGGGGGGAGUCCAAGAAGAAGCGCCGCCGGUCGUCGUCGCCGCUGCAGUACUCUUCCAGCAUGCAGUAGGAUAUGGGAUCCAAUGGAAUGAGUCCAGUCAAUCGAUGCAUGGCAUCCUCAAGAUAGUUUUCUCGGUCGAGGUUGGGUGCAUCUGUCGGAUAUGUACACAGAACACAGGAGGAUUACAGAUAGGCAAACGUAAAAAAACCUAAUUUUAUCAAUAGCACAUACAGCAGUACGUCCA